AUUUAAUGUGCAUAUAUUCAUUUUAAUCAGAAAAGGGAAAAUGACACGUGGAAGAAUCCUGUGAAGUUGCCAUAUUCAUCUGGAGAAUUGCUCAAAGCUCAGAAAAGUCACACGAGUCCUCUCCCUCGUUGAGUUUGUGGGAACGAACCCUAGCUUUCUCAUUCCGCGUUAAAAGUUGAGAUUCGGCGGGAGCGAUGAUGUUGCGUGCUGUGAUAAGGAGAGCUUCCACUCGAGGAGGAGGCUCUUCUGCUUCGGGAUUGGGGAAAUCACUGCAAUCUUCUCGUGUUGCAGCGUCAACACAAAGCUUUCAUUCUCUUUCAGCAACGCAGACUCUGGUGCCUCGUGGAACCGAUGCUCGUAGCUUCCAUCAUCGUUCUUGUCCAGGGUGUUCAGAGUGCUCGAGUAGAACUGUUUUCAGCAGCUUCCAAGGCACAACCCUGCAGAAAUGGGUCAGGCCUUACUCAUCUGAUAGCGGAGAUGUCGUUGAAGCUGUUGUGCCUCACAUGGGUGAAUCCAUCACCGAUGGAACCUUGGCCAACUUUCUCAAGAAACCUGGUGACAGAGUAGAGGCUGACGAGGCUAUUGCGCAAAUUGAAACUGACAAGGUGACAAUAGAUAUUGCUAGCCCAGCAAGCGGUGUGAUCCAAGAGUUUCUUGUCAAGGAAGGAGACACUGUAGAACCUGGAAACAAGGUAGCUAUUAUUUCAACGUCCGCAGAUGCUGUGUCUCAUGUUGCACCCUCAGAAAAGGUAGCAGAGAAGCCUGCUGCCAAGCCUUCUCCUCCUACCGAGGCUCCCAAAGUUGAAAGUACUAAAGUUGCGGAGAAGCCCAAGGCACCAUCACCUCCACCGCCGACUAAACAGUCAGCUAAAGAACCGCAGCUUCCUCCCAAGGAUAGGGAAAGACGGGUUCCUAUGACAAGACUCCGCAAACGUGUGGCGACUAGGUUGAAAGACUCUCAAAACACUUUUGCGUUGCUAACAACGUUCAAUGAAGUUGAUAUGACAAAUCUGAUGAAGCUCCGAUCUCAAUACAAGGAUGCUUUUUUUGAAAAGCACGGAGUGAAGUUGGGGCUUAUGUCUGGUUUCAUUAAAGCUGCUGUUAGUGCCCUCCAGGCCCAACCAGUAGUAAAUGCCGUUAUCGACGGAGAUGACAUCAUUUACAGAGACUACGUAGAUAUCAGUAUUGCUGUUGGUACCUCUAAGGGUCUUGUGGUUCCAGUCAUCAGAGGUGCUGACCAGAUGAACUUUGCGGACAUAGAGAAAACGAUAAACUCUCUUGCUAAGAAGGCUAAUGAAGGAACCAUAUCAAUCGACGAGAUGGCUGGAGGAUCAUUCACAGUAUCAAAUGGUGGUGUCUAUGGAAGUCUCAUAAGCACUCCUAUCAUCAACCCUCCUCAGUCUGCUAUUCUUGGAAUGCAUUCAAUCGUUCAACGUCCAAUGGUUGUGGGAGGAAGCGUGGUACCGAGGCCAAUGAUGUACGUGGCGCUGACCUAUGAUCAUAGGCUUAUUGAUGGGAGAGAGGCUGUGUAUUUCUUGCGCCGUAUUAAGGAUGUUGUGGAAGAUCCCCAGAGGCUUCUUCUCGACAUAUGAAUAAAGAUCCGAGACCAGAAGAGAUGACAAGUCUCUUUGUCUUUUUCUACCAGUUUCCUUUCAGGUAACCAUGCAAUGUGAAAGAUACUUUGAAGAAAAAAACUUUUUUUUUUUUUUUGGGAGUUUCGUAAUAGUUCCAAGAGAUUUUACCGGGCAGGUGAAGCAUCGGUGUAUUCAGUUUUUUAUUCAUAUAUACAGUUUAAACGAAAUGUUACAUUUUUUUUAAUAAUGCCACUGGUUUCUAUUGGGUAAAA